AGGAGGCAUUGCGGGGCGGGGUCCCUGGACGGUGGGCCGGGUCAGGCCUGCGCGGGGGUGGGGAGGCUGGGCGGUCCCGGGGUCCUGGACUCAGCGCAUGGCACCCUGGCAGGAUGUACACGCUGCUGUCGGGGCUGUACAAGUACGUGUUCCAGAAGGACGAGUACUGCAUCCUGAUCCUGGGCCUGGACAAUGCCGGGAAGACGACCUUCCUGGAGCAAUCCAAAACCCGGUUUAGCAAGAACUACAAGGGGAUGAGUCUCUCCAAAAUCACCACCACCGUGGGACUGAACAUUGGCACUGUGGACGUGGGGAAGGCUCGACUCAUGUUCUGGGACUUAGGGGGGCAGGAGGAGCUGCAGUCUCUGUGGGACAAGUACUACGCUGAGUGCCACGGUGUCAUCUAUGUCAUCGAUUCCACAGACGAGGAGAGACUGUCGGAAUCCAAGGAAGCUUUCGAGAAGAUGGUCACAAGCGAGGCUCUGGACGGUGUCCCCAUCCUGGUGCUGGCCAACAAGCAGGAUGUUGAGCAAAGGAGUGCGCGAGGGCAUCGAGUGGAUGGUGAAGUGCGUGGUGCGGAAUGUGCACCGGCCGCCUCGGCAGAGGGACAUCACGUAGGAGCACGGCACCUGGGCGCACAGCUGGGGCCUGAGCGGAGGAGUACACCUGCCAGCUGGAGCCACCGGUCCCGGGGCUGGGCUGGCUUUGCCUUUGGAGUUUUCAUUUGCUUUGUUUUUCCUCUAAGACAGACUUUUGUGUCCUGAAAAGUAUAGGCGCCCGGAGGCUUCUGCCACUCGAGGCCCGGUUUUUGGCCCUGUGGGUGCCCUUUGGAGCUGUUUGCCCCAGCCUGCAGGAAUCCCAACCGCAGCAUGCCCACGAAGGAGGCUAGGGCCCUGCUGGCCUUGCCCCUGCCUUCUCUGAUCAUGGAGGUGGGCUGGGAGCUGGUGUCACCUUAAGGGGUCUAACCCACAUCCCCGAAGGCCAGCAGGUCCUGAGCGCUGAUGCAGCCUCAGGAUUGGGCUAAGUGCGAUCUGACUAGCCCUGGUGGACCCUGCCGCCACCACCACCACCACCACCGGCCCGACGUCAGGGAGCGGCAAGCGGAGCGGGAGGCCCCUGGCACACCUGCCACCACCUGGGGCAGCCACGGUUGCCAGCUCAGGGAUGUGUCGGGGGCUGGGUGACCUGGACAUGGGGGUGUUUGGUGGUGUGUUGGGCCUGUGCUCCCCGCUGAGUGUGAGGGGUGUAUCCCCUCUUCCAGGCCUGUGCCCAGCAGCAUAGGCCCUCCAAGCAAGGCUGGUCUUGGGGCCCCUCUUCACAUGGCCCCUGGGAGAGCUGGUGACCAGCAGCCUGGCCAGGGGCCUGUGCAGAAAAUAAAGAGUCUGCGUGGCUCCUAUG